AUAAAUAUAUAUAUUUGCACUUCAACGAGCAUGAUCGUUCAAAAGGAAUUAUUAUUUAUUGCUAUAUUUGAUCCGGAACUUUAAGUGAGUCAAGAAAAACUUAACGUUUCGUGAGUAGAAGAAUGGAAACAACGCAUAUAGCACUCGGAGCGGAUUUACUUUCCCAAAUAAAUCAAUAAUCUAUUGGACGUAUAGGCUAUUGUCUGCAGAGAAAACAACUCGACACACUCAUCAGGGAUUCUGUCUUUCACUAAAGCGGGGAUAUCCCUUCCGUCUCCGCUGAAGAUCACUGGAAAACUAUUGUUUCCUCUUACUGAAAAACCACCCCAAUAAGACUGCCCUGCAUUUGUUCUCUUUCUGUGGCACGGAAAACUAUUUGACAAGGACUUUUGACAGCGGCGCAGGAUGCCUCAAAAAGAAUACCACAGCCAAGCCACGUGGGAGUCUGGCGUAGCCUCGAUGAUGCAGAACAAGGUCUAUGACAUCUGUGAUGAAGGUCACAGCGGUGUGAACCAGCUGGGCGGUGUGUUUGUUAACGGUAGACCGCUACCGGACACCACCAGGCAGAAAAUCGUCGAACUUGCUCAUAGUGGCGCGCGGCCGUGCGACAUCUCCAGGAUUCUGCAGACCCAUGAUGACUCAAAAGUCCAAGUGCUGGAAAAUGAAAACGUGUCCAACGGGUGCGUGAGUAAGAUCCUUGGCAGAUACUAUGAGACUGGCUCCAUAAGACCGAGAGCGAUCGGAGGCAGCAAGCCGAGGGUAGCCACUCCAGAGGUGGUGGGGAAGAUAGCGCAGUACAAGAGGGAGUGCCCGUCUAUUUUCGCCUGGGAGAUCCGCGACAGACUGUUGUCGGAGGGGGUCUGCACCAACGACAAUAUACCCAGUGUAAGUGCAGUGAGUGUGUCAUCGAUAAACAGAGUCCUCCGCAACCUGGCUAGCGAGAAGCAACAGAUGGGCGCAGAUGGCAUGUAUGACAAGCUGAGAAUGCUCAACGGUCAGACAGGAACUUGGGGGACACGGCCCGGCUGGUACCCCGGAACUUCAGUGCCAGGGCAGCCCAACCAAGAUGGCUGCCAGCCACAGGACGGUGCAGGAGAGAACACCAACUCCAUCAGUUCGAAUGGGGAGGAUUCUGACGAGACGCAGAUGCGACUCCAACUAAAGAGAAAACUACAGAGAAACCGCACGUCGUUCACCCAAGAGCAGAUUGAAGCACUGGAAAAAGAAUUUGAAAGGACUCAUUAUCCUGACGUUUUCGCGAGGGAAAGACUGGCAGCGAAAAUAGAUCUGCCUGAAGCAAGAAUACAGGUGUGGUUCUCAAACAGAAGAGCGAAGUGGAGGCGGGAGGAGAAGCUCCGGAACCAGCGUCGUCAGGCCAGCAACUCCUCCAGUCACAUCCCCAUCAGCAGCAGCUUCAGCACCAGCGUCUACCAGCCCAUGCCUCAGCCCACCACACCAGUGUCCUUCACAUCUGGGUCUAUGUUGGGCAGACCUGACACGGCCCUCACCAACACGUACAGCGCCCUGCCUCCCAUGCCCAGCUUCACCAUGGCCAACAACCUGCCUAUGCAACCCAGCCAGACCUAUUCCUGCAUGCUGCCUACCAGUCCGUCUGUGAAUGGGCGGAGCUACGACACAUAUACGCCCCCUCAUAUGCAGGCACAUAUGAACAGCCAAUCAAUGACCACUUCUGGUACCACCUCAACAGGACUCAUCUCUCCUGGAGUGUCUGUCCCUGUCCAAGUCCCAGGCGGCGAGCCUGACAUGUCUCAGUACUGGUCAAGACUACAAUAGAGAGAAGAGCUACUUCUCCCUGUAACUGUUCACCCACCGCCCUCCGCUGGGAGCUCACACACACAUGGAGAGAAGUGGAGGAGAGAGAGAGACUCUGGGAGUGCCCUAGGACUACAGGGUGUGGUUGUUUCCACUGGGACCGUGUGUUGUUCUGUAGUCUUGGCACAUAUGAGGAAGACAAAACGUGGACCUCUGUAAAGUGCCCGGUGUUUAACAUUUUCAUGGAACAAAGACUUCAUUUUUUUUUCUCACUUUUCAAGUAAUUGUUUCUUUUUUUUUGUCUGUCUCUUGUGUUUGUAUAUGGCCGUGUGUAUGUUAUGAUGAAAAACCCAGAUCAAGUACUGAUAGAUGGACUGCUAGAAAACCAUGUUGGUCUUGUGUUUGUUUUUGAGGUAAAGGAGAACCCAAGAGAUUUCUGCCAUUACUAUUUUUUUAUCUGCUUACAUCGAGACUUUCUACCAGACUUUGCACGGUCUGUGGACUCAUGCGAAACUGUUGCAUAUCACCCGAGAGGAGAGCUGUGGGGAAUAGACUCAGUGUGUUUAUUAAACCUAUUUAUUGGUCAUACUCCUUCAAAAUGGACGUCAGCAGAGGAGGACCUCCAGUCAAUCCACCCACCUCAGCCUUGGGUCUUUGACUCCUGCAAUAUCACACAAACUGUAUAGGCCUGGAUAUUUCACUGUGGUCACAGACGACCACAUUAUCACAGGAAUUGUACAGACAACCACCAUUAACAGUUUGCAAGGACAGUGGGACAUUCAAGACUUGUUCAUGGACUUCUGCUGUGGUGGAUGGAUUGAUUCUAGGUUCAAGACUUGUUCAUGGACUUCUGCUGUGGUGGAUGGAUUGAUUCUAGGUUCAAGACUUGUUCAUGGACCUCUGCUGUGGUGGAUGGAUUGAUUAACGGUCCAAGUGAAGAGCUAUAGAUGCAGAGGAGCUGUGGAGUAAAACAGUUGAAUCGCUAAAUGGUAGACUGUGUCUUCGAUAUAAUCCAAUUUGUUCAUGUCAAAUUGUAAGUAUGUCUUCCCUAGAAAUCAAAAGAUUUCUACAAUAAAAGUACAUUUACAUUUUUAUCCCCCCAAGAAUAUUCUAUAAAUGUUUUCUACACAUUUUCAUGCAUCAUAAAAAUACAUUUCUUUAGGUCAGGUACAAUUAGUCUCUUAGGUAUAGUUGUAUUAUAGUGUCCUAUUGUCAAAUCAUUUUGUGCAACUAGAAAGAUUUAAUUCCUAUAAUUAUGAUUAAACAUGCUUGACAAAGUUUGAAACAUAAGUGUUUGGCAGUUGUUUACAAGUACAUAUCAGAUUUAAUCAUUGUUGAUUGUAAAACAGACCAAAGCCUUUGUAUUUCAUCUAUUACACAAUGUUUUUUGUUGUUGAAGAUAUUAGUCUUGUGUUGCAUCAUUUUGUAAACAUUUGAUGUUCUAUUACAGUGACCUAGAGUAUGUUAGACUGCGGACUAAUCGAGCAGUCCUUAUUUAUAAUUGAAGACCAUGGGUGACUGUGGACUAAUCGAGCAGUCCUUAUUUAUAAUUGAAGACCAUGGGUGACUGCGGACUAAUCGAGCAGUCCUUAUUUAUAAUUGAAGACCAUGGGUGACUGCGGACUAAUCGAGCAGUCCUUAUUUAUAAUUGAAGACCAUGGGUGACUGCGGACUAAUCGAGCAGUCCUUAUUUAUAAUUGAAGACCAUGGGUGACUGCGGACUAAUCGAGCAGUCCUUAUUUAUAAUUGAAGACCAUGGGUGACUGCGGACUAAUCGAGCAGUCCUUAUUUAUAAUUGAAGACCAUGGGUGACUGCGGACUAAUCGAGCAGUCCUUAUUUAUAAUUGAAGACCAUGGGUGACUGUGGACUAAUCGAGCAGUCCUUAUUUAUAAUUGAAAACCAUGGGUGACUGUGGACUAAUCGAGCAGUCCUUAUUUGUAAUUGAAGACCAUGGGUGACUGCGGACUAAUCGAGCAGUCCUUAUUUAUAAUUGAAGACCAUGGGUGACUGCGGACUAAUCGAGCAGUCCUUAUUUAUAAUUGAAGACCAUGGGUGACUGCGGACUAAUCGAGCAGUCCUUAUUUAUAAUUGAAGACCAUGGGUGACUGCGGACUAAUCGAGCAUUCCUUAUUUAUAAUUGAAGACCAUGGGUGACUGCGGACUAAUCGAGCAGUCCUUAUUUAUAAUUGAAGACCAUGGGUGACUGCGGACUAAUCGAGCAGUCCUUAUUUAUAAUUGAAGACCAUGGGUGACUGUGGACUAAUCGAGCAGUCCUUAUUUAUAAUUGAAGACCAUGGGUGACUGUGGACUAAUCGAGCAGUCCUUAUUUAUAAUUGAAGACCAUGGGUGACUGUGGACUAAUCGAGCAGUCCUUAUUUAUAAUUGAAGACGUGUGGUGUUUUCUAGCGUCGUCUGUCAUGCUUUUUUGAGUUCUGCGUUGUUUUUCAAAUAUGUGUACAUAGAACGUGGACACGUAUACAGGGUCUACGUCUGAGAAAUGCUUUUGAGAUGAAACGUCUAAACUGUCUCUUAAAUAUUUCAAUUUAAUUUUAUUUAAAAUGGAGCUUUCUAAAUGUAUUUUGUGAAAACUAUAAAAAAAAACAAUUUUGUACAGUAAAUAUAGUGAAAGCUU